AUGGCUCCCAUCAUAAACGAAAACAAGUCUCUGCAAGAUUAUUACCACACAAUUGAAUCUCCUCUUGGCUAUCAAAUUGUUCUCGGUGGUACCAGGCACUUUGGCUGUUAUGAACGCGACAAAUACAAUCCUUUCCCAAUUGGAGCCGCGCUACACAGAAUGGAGGAUUACCUCGCGAAGACUUUGAGCCUUCCUUCUGGUUCGCGAGUAUUGGAUGCAGGAUGUGGCGGGAUCGACGUCAUAGACCAUCACCUCGAGAAAGCUAGGCGGAACAUUGAGAAACAAGGGAUGAAGGCAAGAGUUACGGUUGGAAAAAUGGACUACCAUCACCUUGACGGAAUUGCAAGCAACUCGUUGGAAGGUGUGUAUACUAUGGAAACAUUUGUUCAUAGCACCUCUCCAGAAACAGUCGCUCGUGAAUUUUAUCGCGUGUUGAAGCCAGGUGGUCGUGUAGCACUUUUCGAAUAUGAGCAUAGUGACAUGAAGUCGGAGCCGAAGGCAAGGGUGGAUUCGUGGAGCACAAUCAACAAACAUUCUGCGAUGCCCGCGUUCGAUCGAUUCACAUAUGGAUCGAUUAGCUCAAUAUUUGCUGAUGCUGGCUUUACCAAUGUCGUGACCGAAGAUAUCACUAUAAAUGUCAAACCGAUGGUUCGGUUCUUCUUCGUGUUGGCAUAUAUCCCAUAUCUAUUGGUCUUAGCUUUCGGUCUCCAGAAACAUUUUGUAAACACUAUGGCAGGGGUAGAGGGGUGGAAAUGCCGGAAUAGUAUCAAGUAUGUAGUAGUUAGUGGGGAAAAACCGAUGGAAAAUGGUUCUGAAUUAGACAACAGCGAAAGCAGGAAGUUAAAGUGA